UCACCAAAGUGGCCCUUCAGUCUUCAGUUCAGAGUUUCAGAUUUCAGAGCUCCCAAAAUCAUUCCACUGAUCCACUCUUCUUCUCAGCGAGCACUGCUUGGUUCCUUGGGAUCCCAAGUUGACAUCACCGCGGAUCCUCUCACCACCUCGUGCUCGCCUUAUUGCUCCCCGCCGCCGAGCCUACUCUGCUCAGGUGCGGACUCGCUGGCUUGUUUGAUCCGAUCAUCCGAGUCUGUUCCCUUCUCGUGUUGGGAUCCGCGAGAACCGCCUGUUCCCCGUGUUCUUGCAGGCGGUGGAGUGCCCAUUUGGGCAGACUUUGGAAUCUUUUAGGAUUCUUUGGACUGCGACGCUAAAGAUUUGGGGGCUCAUUACUGCAAUGGGGGUGCUUGCGUGAACGGGAGCUUCCUUUGUGCGCGCGGGUGGAUAGAAGGGAGGAUGCAGGGGAAGGCGCAGCUCUCGGAUUCCAACCGGCGGAUCAUGGAGGCGGAUGCGCCGCCGCGGCGUGUGUACCAGGCCUGGAAGGGCAGCAAUAUUUUUUUGCUUGGAGGGAGACUUAUUUUUGGGCCCGAUGUGAGGUCACUCAUGCUCACAGUAUGUUUAGUUGUAAUCCCUGUGAUCUUCUUUGCUGCUGCUGUUUGUCCACAGCUUGGUCAUGAGUACCACAGCCAAGUUGGAGGUUGGGUAGCAUCUGUUGCUAUCAUCUUUACAGCAUAUAUUCUUGUUAUUCUACUUCUCACAUCUGGCCGUGAUCCUGGAAUUGUUCCUCGAAACUCUCAUCCCCCAGAGCCGCAAGACAUUGGUGAAUCCUCCAACUUAUCAGAUUGGCCAGGUGGUCAACAUGGUUCGACUGGUUUACCACUCACCAGAGAUGUUCUUGUUAAUGGUGUUUUAGUCAAGGUCAAAUAUUGCCAUACAUGUAUGUUGUAUCGUCCACCAAGGUGUUCCCAUUGCUCAAUCUGCAACAACUGUGUUGAACGUUUUGAUCACCACUGUCCUUGGGUAGGCCAGUGCAUUGGCAAGAGGAAUUAUCGGUUCUUCUUUAUGUUUGUGUCUUCGACGACUAUGCUCUGCAUAUACGUGUUUGCAUUCUGCUGGGCCAACAUCAAGAAAAUAAUGGACAUGCAUGAAUGCAAACUUGGAAGAGCUCUUCUGAAGGCUCCUAUCUCCGGCCUUCUCAUCUUAUACACAUUUAUUGCUGUGUGGUUUGUGGGAGGGUUGACAUCAUUCCAUCUCUACUUGAUUUCAACAAAUCAGACUACUUAUGAGAACUUCCGGUACUGCUAUGAUCGGAAAAAAAAUCCUUACAACCGUGGACUAGGACAGAAUUUCAUAGAGAUCUUAUUUUCAAGGGUCCCCAAAUCAAAAAACAAUUUCAGAGCAAAAGUUAAGGAGGAUUCUACAACCUUCACGUCAUCCCUCAGUAUGGGACGGGUACUAAGUCCGCCCAAGAUGAGCGUGGACCUUGAGAUGGACAUGAAAAGGCAAGCUGUAGCCGCAGAGGACUUGGAGGACUUACACAGUCAGAUUGGCAGUGCUAUGGGGUUUGAGAGAUGCGGUACUGAACCCCCACAUUUCGUCAGUCGAAAGGGCUGCUCUGAGAUUGCAACUGACAUCGAGGCAUUUGCAGAAGAGUUUGGCAUGGAACAUGGGUUCAAUGAGAGGAAAAAGAUUAAGCGACAUACAAAUGAUGACACAUAGGAAGUUCCUCAUCACAAGCUCCUCUUCAGCCUUCAGUCAAUCCCUCAACUUAAGAAGCGAAAGCUCGCAAAGGAAAGGAAAGUAGGACAAAUGGUAUAAAAAAAUCAACAAGUGUUGGUCAUUUCGGCCGAAAUUCCAGCCAAAACUUCAGUAAGAAGCAAUAGAUGUUGUUUUUAGAUUAAGUGUUUAACAAUAUAGACAAUUAGACAUGAUGAAUCCCAAUGGUUUCACUGCCGUCAUUUUGGUUUGGACCUUUUGUACUGCUAGUUCUAUGUACUCUUAGUCCAUACGUAGUAUUUGUGUGUGUGUGUGUGUGUGGGGCAAUGUUGCUAUUGAUUUUGUUGAAGCUGUAACUUGUAACAUUAACCAUUAACCUGGCUAGUUCAUUUCAUUA